AUGGCGGCCAAAAAGCCAUUGGAAUUGAGUCGAAGUGUCCAACACUUCACAUUCAAUCCGCAGACGCCGUCCACUAAGUCCGGGGACACGACUCGUAUGAAUCUGUUUCAAGCGGUGAACAACGCUCUGGACAUCGCUCUCACUAACGAUCCGACGGCUGUUAUAUUCGGCGAAGACGUGGCGUUUGGCGGAGUGUUUCGGUGCACAGUUGGCCUUCAGGACAAGUUCGGCAAAGACCGGGUGUUUAAUACUCCGCUCUGCGAACAGGGGAUCGCCGGCUUCGGCAUUGGUUUGGCCGCCGCCGGCGCCACAGCUGUGGCCGAGAUUCAGUUCGCGGACUAUAUAUUCCCGGCUUUCGAUCAGUUGGUGAACGAAGCGGCGAAGUUUCGCUACCGAUCGGGCAAUCAGUUCGACUGCGGCUCUCUCACAGUGCGGGCGCCGUGCGGUGCUGUGGGACACGGGGCUAUGUAUCACUCGCAGAGUGUUGAGGCCUACUUCGCGCACACCCCGGGCCUCAAAGUGGUGAUUCCUCGCGGACCCAUUCAGGCCAAGGGUUUGCUUCUGAGUUGCAUUCGCGACAAGAAUCCCUGCCUAUUCUUUGAGCCCAAAAUUCUGUAUAGACUGGCCGUAGAACAGGUGCCCGUCAAGGACUACAUGAUCCCACUGUCCAAAGCGGAAGUGGUGGUCGAGGGCCACGACGUGACGCUCAUUGGUUGGGGAACUCAAGUGCAUGUAUUGCAUGAAGUGUGUCAGAUGGCCGCCGAUCAGCUCAACGUCUCGUGCGAACUCAUAGAUCUGGUGACUGUCCUUCCGUGGGAUAAGCAAACUAUCAUUAAUUCAGUCAAAAAGACGGGUCGCGUACUCAUAGCACACGAGGCGCCCAUCACUGGCGGCUUCGGCGCAGAGAUCGCCGCAACCAUUCAGAAGGAGUGCUUCUUGAAUCUCGAGGCGCCUAUAUAUCGGGUCUGCGGUUACGACACACCGUUUCCCCACAUCUUUGAGCCCUUCUAUUUGCCCGACAAAUGGAAAUGUUUUGAUGCCAUCAAAAAACUUAUUAACUUUUGA